AUGUCUCUCAAACGAAAGAGAAGGAUCGACGAAAUCGUCGACUCCCGGGUCGUCACUUUCGUCAUCGGCAAUGGCGAUUCGAAGCGCGAAUUCCGUGUUCACGAAGGAGCUUUGGUCCACCUGUCAGAGCCUCUUCGAGCCUUGCUUACUGGCGGUAUGCAAGAAUCCCUCGAGGGCAAGAUCGUUUGGGACGACGUCAAACCUGCCACCUUUGUCCUCCUUUUGGAGUAUGCCUACAGUGGCCGCUACCCUAUACCCUAUCCUGACAACAUAUCCAACGCCAAAUGUGGCUCAGAGGAAGAAGGAGACGCCGGCGCAAAAGUUGAACAGCCUCCCUCACUACGAACUUGGGUAGAGUCCUGGAUAACAGUGAGAGGGGAGAAACACAUCUCAGUAUUUGAAUUUUGCAAGAAGCACUUCUGCAAGUAUGGCGUCAACGAGAUGACUUCAACAAGCAGACGCCGAUCCCUCCGGAAGGAGGCCCUCCGAAAGGAGGGACUGGAUUCCAAAGUCAACAUCGCACUGAGCCACCUCUUGGAGCCAGCAGAACUCUACAUUCUUGCCGACAGGUAUCUCCUAGAUGAUCUCAAGGAACUAUGCGUCAACGAUGUUGGCCGAAAGCUGUGCAACGCGGUUGGAGACGGCAUGGUUGUUGAUCAUGUGUGCUCUGUACUUCGCUUUUUGCAUCCACAGACAUUACCACAGGACAAACUUCGCAAGCUACUUCUACGAAUCCUCAUUGGCGAUAUGAUUUUCGCAAUGAAAAAUGGAGUUCGAAAACUGAUCUGCGACUUCGCGGACUACGCUGUGGAAUUGCUACUUGAAAUUCCCCAUAGCUACUGGGAGGAACUUCAAGGUCUAGUGCCAAGGGCACCAGGCGCCUAG